AUGCAUAUCGAUCGUUGUUACUUUUGUUCAGGACCAUGUUAUCCUGGUCACGGUACGAUGUUUGUCCGUAACGACAGCAAGACUUUCCGUUUCUGUCGAUCAAAAUGCCACAAGAACUUCAAGAUGAAGCGUAAUCCUCGCAAGGUCAGAUGGACCAAGGCAUUCAGAAAGGCCAGCGGCAAGGAAAUGGUCAUUGAUUCCACCUUUGAAUUCGAAAAACGUCGCAAUGUGCCUGUUCGCUACGAUCGUAACCUUAUGGCCACUACGAUCAAGGCCAUGAAGCGUGUGCAAGAGAUUCGUGCUAGACGUGAACGUGCCUUUUACCGUAACCGUAUGUCUGGCAACGCCGAAAAGGAGAAGGCCGACGAUAUCAGAGUUGUCAAGCAAAACAUCGAAUUGGCUCCUUUGGAGGCUCAGAAGCGUAUGCAAACCGUCAAGAUCGAAGCUACCAAGGCCGAGAAUAUGGACAUGGAAGAGUAA